AUGGCUUCUCGAUUCCCGCCGCGGGACCGCUCACCACCGCCAUCUAGAUAUAGUGAUAGGGGGCCGCCGCCGCCUCACGGGCCGUCGCAUAUUCCUUCAGGGCCGAGGGGGAACGACGAUGUUAAUUCUACACCACUAGGCCGGGACCCUCCCCGGGGUCCGAAGGCCCUGAUCGACUCCUCCAGAGGUGGCCAUUUCCUACCAUCUGGUCCAAGAGGAAGAGGGUUCCCUGGCCGGAAUGACUUCAGAGACCGGGAUAGGGAUAGAAUCGAUCCCCGGGACAUGAGAGAUGGCCCACCACCCCGACGAGGCGAUGGAGACCGUGACUGGCCUCGUAGGGAUCGUGGGUUUGACUCACGAGAUGGUCACGGCCGGAUGGGGUUCGGUCGAGGACGAUCGAGAUCUCCUCCCAUGAGAGAUUUUAGAGACUCCAGAGAUAGCGGACCCAGAGAGCUGGAUAUACCACGCCUACGUAGAAAUUCUAGGGAUGGACCAAUCUCGCUCAACACUCCACUAUCAGACCUUCCUCCCAUGCGAGGAGGAUCGAUGCGAGGUCGUGGGCGCGGUGACCGAGAUCGAGGCCGAGGAAGAGGUAUGCCUUUAGAAGACAGAGAUCUAUUCAGAGGUCGAAGUCGGUCUCGUGACGGCUGGCGAGAUGUCCGCAUGGACCGAGACAGGGACCGUAACCGUGACCCACGAGACCGGGAUAGGGACAGAGAUCGAAUGCUCGAUCGAGAACUCGACAGGAGAGAGCGUUUCGACCGCCGUGACCGUGACGAUGAUAGGUGGUCGCAGCGCGACGACAGAGACAGGUUUGAACGGGCGGAGCCUUGGAAAAAAGAUCGACCGCUAACCCGUAUCGAUACCAAGACAUCUGGUUCGCAUUCUGCCAACCCGUCUUCUGCUGUAUCACAGACUCCAACCCUGAUAUCUGUUGGUGCGCCAGGAGUUGGCCUUGACGACGAGGCUGUUGCUGCUGCCGCAGGGCCCCGGAAGGCUGGCAGUACAUCUUCCACCCCCAGAGAGUCAAGGCGGCCCUCAGAAAAGACAGAACAUGCCACUCCCAUACGUACACCUACACACAUCCAGUCAACGCCGGCUCAACCAGAACCACCCUCUGAACGGCCCACGCCCCAGUUCUCUCCUUCUCCUGCUGCCCCGGAAGUACCUGCCUUCGGUUCCCUUUCUUCUGCUGGCCCGGCUGCUCCCGCUACCGAAACUGCGACCCCUGAACCAUCAAGAAAGUCAUCACAGUCGGACGCGCCCAGAGAACGUCCUGAUCUAUUCCCCUCAACGCCCAUCAAACCUCCGACUGCCCCUAGAGCCGAUAGAAUAGAUGCACAGCAACGUCCGGACCGGAGUAAAACUGAAGUACCACUUCGAUCCAGUCGUCCGCCAUCAGCCUCCCCGGUAGUCCAACCCAGCUACAUGCUUGACCACAGUCACCCUGUCCCCGCCCUUGAACGAGGCAUCUCCCACGAGCCCACACCUUUAUCAAAUAAAGUCAAGGACUCUCGUUCUUUAUCUAAUGAACAGGAACCUGACCUCUUCCCAUCAUUGCUUGGCCCUUCGACCUCUAGUAACGCUGCUACCCCUUCAUCUACCCGCGCCUCGUCUCUACCGACACAAUCACAACCACAACCGCAAAAAUCCCCACCACCUCAUUCAAACUCGCUUUCUCCAAACUCCCAGCCUGCAUCUAUACCUACUGGACCAAGAGCACAACAACAGCGCUCCGCUGGUCAACGGCCUGGAGCCAAAAGUAGUAAUCAAUGGGUCAGACCAGGGUAUGUAAAUAGAAGACUGUCCGCUACUAACUCACCAUCAAGUAAGAGAGACCUUUGGGAUGAUGGGAACAAAAGACCGGUGCUUGAAAGCCCGUUCGUACCAGAGGGUCCACUCAGCGGUAGCGGUUAUACAGGGGAUGAGAUUAAGCCCUCUAUUACUCCCGUGAAUGAAGAAGAGGGUGAAAAGAAAGAGAAAGAUAAAGAGGAAAGGAGAGAAAAAGGGGAGGAGAAAGGGAAGGAGAAUGAGAAAGAGAAGGAAGGCUCUGAGCCUCCAAGAGAGGCCCCACGAGACGAAAACGAGAAUCGGCCUUCGGUGGGGGAGGAAAUCGAGGAGCAAUCUCGUGAUGCCGAUAAUGAUACAACGAUGCUUGAUGCACCAGAAGCUGGAGAAAUUCAAGAAGCGGAAGAAGUGCGGGAAGAGCCAGAGCAGCAGAUUCCAAUGCUUUUCGACGAACCGAGUGACCAGCAAUCUGACGAUGACGAUGCCCUUGAUGAAGAAGAUUUUAACCAAUCCGAACAACGUUUUGAGAAGGAAAUGCUGGCUCUGAAAUCAGAAAUUCCACCACCUGUGCUCCUGGAUCCGGUUGUGGUUGAUCUUCUCAUGAGGAUCCAGAUGCUGGGGAUGAUAGCUGAUGGUGCCGCACCAGCAAAUCUUGAUCAGCCAGGAGCUGCCGUUGAGGUUGAAAGUCCCGACAAGCCCGCUUCUAUUAUCCCCCUAUCGGGUAAAGAAGCGGAAGAGGUCGAACUUGUGGAAGAAAUAAGGCCUAUCGAGAGUGUUGCCGGGACACCUGUGACAAUACCUGUCAUUGAGGCGAAAGCGAUUGAAUCACUGCCAUUCUUACCUUCUGGUCCACCCACCCCUUUCUCAGACAUGGAAACAUUACAGGAAAAUUAUAAACUUCAUGAUCGUAUAAAGGAUUCGCUAUUGGAAGAUAUCAUCAAACAGCGAAGUGAAGUUGCUAAACAACAUGCAAUUUUGCGUGAGCAGUACGCACGGCACUACAAAGCCUGGAGACUGAAAGUCCGUGAGAUGGACAAAAAGAAAGAGGAAGCGAGGAAAGCCGAGUCGGAAUUAUCCUCGACUCCUCCGCCGUCGGCGGCAGCAGCAGCAGCUCUCCCUGUAAUCGAAGGAAGACGGGGAUAUAAAUUGAACAGUGAGCUUGACUUUCAACUUGCUUUAAAGGCAUCGGCAAUCACUGCACAAGAGGAAUCGGAACGUCGUCGUGAUCAAGAGGCUACCGUCCACCCCGACAUGACUCGUGAAGCCCGUAUCCCGGACAUGCUAGACGAGUACCAGAAGAAAGCAAGCCUGUACCAGGAUACUAACCAGAUCGUCGAUCCCGCCGAUGCUUUUACCGUCUUUGCAUUCCAUCCUCCGCCUAACGACUUUACGCCCGAAGAACAUAAAGCCUUCACCGAUGCAUUCAUGGCUCAUCCGAAGAAAUGGGGUAAGAUUGCUGAACUACUACCAGGCCGUACAUUCCAGCAGUGCGUGAUGCAUUACUACUCCACUAAGGAGGAGAUCAAGUAUAAAGCCAAGCUUAAUAAGAAGUGGACACGCAAGGGACGUGCAAGGAAAACUGCAAGAGCUCCAAGAUCUAAUGCUCUCAUGGCAGAUCUUGGGAUCCGCCCUGCUUAUGAUGCAGAUGACACCGAGACACCUGUUGCUACUGACACUGGUAGGCCAAGGCUAAGACGGGCAGCCGCGCCCACAUUUGGCGAGUCAAACGCCGACACAGAAAGUAACACCCCCACACCGGCGUCUGGGAAGCGCGGAGGUGCAAAGGACUCUGGCGAUCAGUCUACUGAAAGAGCCCCAGGAAGACGAGGUGGUCGUGGUGGCGGUGGCGGCCGUGGUGGUCGAAGAGGGAAGGGAGGCGGUCAGCAAGCUGCUUCGAGAGCGGAACCUGCACCUUCUACAUCUGCAGCUGCAGCUGCGUGUGGUACUUUGCCUGCUGUCACUCCUCUGCCGAAGCCUGAGGCGGAUGGUCAAGUGGACAUGUUGGUUGAUGCGGUGUUGAAGGCUAAGGAGGAGAUGGAGAAGCCUGUGGAAGAGACUAUGGUGCGCUCCAAACCUGGUAGAAGUUCUCGGAACAAGGAACCGCAGCAGCAGCAGCAGCAGCAGCAACAGCAACAGCAGGCGCAACAACAGCAGCAGCAGCAGCAGCAGGCGCAACAGCAACAGAUGCAGCCAGUAAUCCAACCGGGUCUAGAGGCCCCUGAUCCAGAUUCAAAGGUAGGCCUGGGCGAUGGUGGGUAUGGCUCACUGCAGCCUACAAGCUAUUGGUCUGUGCCUGAGGUCAGGGAUUUCCCAGACUUAGUGGCGCAUUUUGGCAAGGAUUUCGAGGCUAUUUCUCAAUUCAUGAAAACAAAGACGCCAACCAUGGUCAAAAACUACUUUCAGCGCCGUGUUGACUCUGGGAAGACAGAACUAGAAGAAGUUGCAUUGAUAGCCGAAGCCAAGAAACUGCGAGGCGAGCCCACAGGACCCCUACCGACCCCGAGUGUUAGCUCAAAGCGACGAUAUGAUGCUGCUCCCUCUUCUCUUGCGCCACGAGCUUUGGCGCCCAAUAUGGAACAUGCCGAUGUGAUGGAUAGGACGUUAGCGCCUAAGGGCAAGCCAUCUGUUAUCACUAUGGCUCCUGCAUCGGCUGUACUACAACCACGUCAGGGUAUGGAGAAAGACCGGUCGCAACCAAAACUAUACCCCCUUGUUCAGGCUCCUGCAAGUCAGCCCAACCUCGCUCCCACUGGUGAUGAGCUCCACCAACGUUCCGUCAGCACCUCACAGUUGCCUCCGUCCCAUCGAAAUCAACAAGGGCCAAGGAUGGGUUAUUUCACUGAUGAACGUAGAGACGGCCGCCCUCCCGUUCACAUCGCUGCUCACAUGCCAGAGCAGGACGUGAAGCCAAUACCCUCGUCAUUGACCGGCCAAGUAAACCCUGGUAUGUCGUUGCAGGCUCUCCCGCGACAAACCCCGAACGUUGUGCCCCAAAUUCAAGACCUUGGAGAAAUUCCACGCUACGGCCCACUGUCGCAGCCACCAACGUUUACUCAAGGACCAUACCUGCAGCCGCCAGGUAGUGCACGCAAUACCUCGACGACGCCGCGGCAUCACUCUCGUCGCUCAAGCCGCACAAUACCUUCUGCUGUCACCUCUCCAGUUCAAAGGCACAUUAAGCUCGACACCGACCCAAGCGGGAUACCAACUAUGGAACGGCCCGCCCCAAUAGGCCCUCCGGGGUACCUGACUCCCGGCCAUUCUGUGAAUGUCGGUCGGCAGGGCCCUACUCUUACCCCGCCCACAGACCAUAGUCGAACGAGAAUAGCUGCCGCACCAGUUGCACCAACAGCGCCAGAGCCUCAACGUCAAGUUCCCGCCAAACGUUCGAAUAUCAUGAACAUAUUGAAUGACGAGCCAGAAGAACCCCAGCCAAGGAAAAAGUUCGCAAGCGAGCAGUCAGCGCCCUCAGUUGCCAUUGGACCUCCCUCACCAUCCCGGCCUGUUUACCACGGGCGUCAUUCCUCGUCCUCUCAGCCGGGUCAUUCGGAGGAUCAACAUCAUUAUCAAAGGCAGCAGCAGUAUUAUUCCGGUCCCUCGCAGUCUCAACAUCACCAACAGCAGCAACAACAGCAACAGCAAUCCAAGUGCAAUCUGGGUCUGGUGGACAAUAUCCGGAGCCUCCUUCCACUUCAACAAGAGGUUCAACUACCCAGGAUUGGAUGGCGAGGUUUGACCCUCGUGAGCAACAGCAAUCACAUUCAACAUCCUCCACCCCCUCAAUCUCCAGAUUGCCUAGCUAUAAUCAUGGAUUCCCUGGUUCUGGGCCUCAUACACCUCACUCCGUACCAGUCUCAAGCUGCCUCCCAGCCACGCCAAUCGUAUUCCCACCAGGCCUUGCAGCAGCCGCCGGUGCAGGGAUUACAGGACCGAGGUCAGCAAUCGCAGCCGCAGCUAGGACCCGCAGGGCGGGAAUCCCCAGGGCCUCGCCAUAUCCAGGCCCACCCGCACACUCGGUCGCCCGUUCAGCGACACAAUGCUCCGUACUCCAGCAAAGUCUCGCAGCAACGCUCUGCGUCACCCUUGCCAUCCGGCCCCAGCAAUAUGAACCCACAUGUGAGCCAGAUAUCGGGGUACAACCCCUCUGGAGUCAACCAUCAUAAACCUUCUCAGAGCCAACAUCAGCCAGGGCCCCCGCACUUACUGUCCCAGUCCCACCAGCAUGGGAUGCACGGAAGUAACGGGUCGCAGUAUGGUUCGCACGUCCAGCAACUGUCCUCAUCCACUUCACGCCACGCACCUCCACCAUCUGUGAUGCAACAAGAACAGCAGGUGCACCAGCACCAGCAUCACCAGCACCAACACCAACAUCAACGCACGCAUCAGUCGCACCCACACCAUCAGCAUCAUCAGCAUCAAUCCUCCCUCUCUCUAAGCCAGCGUAGCAACUCCCCUUUUGGCCACAGCCCACAUAUGACUCCUCAACAAGUCUCUCAUACUCAAGGGAUGCCUCGUGCUGGGGGGCCCUUAUCAGCUUCCAACACUCCUAGUCACCCAAGCAUGGCUAUGGGAAGAUCAUAUACCCCGCCAUCAAACCUGGGUCAACAUCAUCCACAGAGCGGCUCCAAUAGUGGUUUACCCUACUCCAACACACCAUCUCACGCACUACACCAAUCCGGCCAGUCAAAUAGCAUCCACCAACAACAUAUACGGCCCCGCCAUGGAUCAGGUGGGCCUCCACCUUCUGGGCUAGGUCACCAUAAUAUUUACCCACAAGAACCCAGACAAUAA